AUGCCUUCUUAUUGGAAUUUAAUUCGUGGUUUACAAACUAUUGAUGCUUGUAUUUUAACACAUUUUGAUUAUGAUGUUCUUCCUGGUUUACA